CUCCCACUCUUUAAAUAGCUGCGAAGCCAGAGCCGAGCGGACUGGAGCGGAGCAUGGGGCCGCUGGCGCUGCUCGGCCUCCUGGCGGCCGCCGCCCUGGCAGGUGUCAGCACAGCACCAGUGGCCAAAGAGCAGCUUGAAGAACUGGUAACAGAGUGCAUAGUGGAGGUCCUGUCCAAUGCUCUUUCGAAGCCAAAUGCGCCACCAAUUAAUCCUGACUGCAAAGAGAUCCUGAAGAAGGGUGGCAGAAACGACAGAGAGAGAAGUGAAAACAACCAGCCUGAGGUGAGGCAUUUGAAGGACACAGCAGAGACUGCAAAACAUCUGCCUGGGAGUAUGGAGGAAGAGCACAGACAGUCAGAAGAGGAGGGAAAAAAGUCCAUGAAAGGAAGCGAUCAGAAGAAACUUGCCCAGGAGGAAGACAAAAGCAAGGAAGAGGAGACAGGACACCAUGCAGCUGCUGAGGAAGAGGAGCUCCACAGAGAGGAGAAGAAACACUACCAAGAGAUUAGAGAGGAGAAGAGCUACCAGAGUGAAGAAGAAAGCCAAGACAGCCAAGGCCGUGCCAAAGAGGUCGAGCUUGCUGUUCUCAAUAGGAAGUCCCCCUCCGAAGGCAUGAGCACAGAGGAGCUGCCUGCUGGAGGUGAGCAGCGCCCCACCGGCCGCUGGCGCUCGGGGGAGGCAAGGCAGAGCCCUUACAAAAGAGUUCCUGAAGGAGAAGAGGGGGAGGCAGAGGGAGGGAGAAGUGAAAAACCCCACCAGGAGUCGAAGGAAGGUGAUUUCUCCCAUCAGCAGCAGCGUGCGGAGGCGGAGGAGAGUGAAGAAAUGGAGGAGAAGAAGCCACCCUACAAUCCCAGGAGGUAUGGGAAGCAGAGAGUUGGUGACUCCUCUGAAGAGGAGAGAGGCCCUGGUGGUGAGGAGGAGGAAUCAAAGACAGAGGAGAGCCAUCUCUGGGACAAGAGAAACCAGCACCAGAAGCAGCAGGAAGCUUCCCAGCAGCAGCGUGAGGAGGAGAGUGGCUCUUACAGGAGGCAUGGAUCUGAGGAGGUAGAAGAGAAGAGGCGUGCGGGCCAGGGAGCUGAGGAGUACAGAGAAAGGUGGCGGCAGAGUGAGGAGAGCAGCGAAGAAGAGACUCAUCGGCAGAGGGAGGACAGCGACGAGAGGUGGCAGGAGGAGAGGAGGCCCCGCGACGGAGCACAGGAGGGCUGGAGGCACGGUUCGGAGGGGAGGACACAUCUUGGAGGUGAGAGCCGGCAAGAGCUGGACAGGUACCUCGGCGGUGGCAGCAAGGAGAAGCAGCAGGGAGGCAGCUCCAGGGGGGCCAGCGAAGAGGAAGGCUUGCAGAAAGCCUUUGGUGGGCAGCGCAGAGCGGAGGCCAGGACACACCACAGCACCGGGGAGAGUGCGGAGCAGCUGCGCUACCUGGGAAACGGCCGGGAGCAGGAGGAGGUGGAAAAGCAGCAUCAGAGCAAUGAGCAAAUGGAGGAUGAAGAGGAGGACGUGGAGGAGGGAAGGUAUGCAGAGAGGGAAGGGUACAGGAGCCGCUUCCCUGCGGAGAGCAAGAAGAGAACGGCGGCAGCCUACAGCCAGCUCUACCCUCUGCUGUGGUGGAAGAGCCGGCACCUGGAGAAGAGGGAGGGCACGGGGGAGCAGCUGCUGGAGGGCAAGGAGGAAGGCAGGCCCGGCCUGGCCGAGCAGAGGCUAUUCCCCGAGUACGACUACUACGAGUGGUGGGAGAAGCAGCAGCGCCCCCAGGGUGCUCUGAGGCAGGGCCACCCGCAGCAAAAGAGCCCCAGCAUAGGCAGCAGGGUGCCCGCGAAGAGGCAGCACAAGGUGGAGCAGCUGGCGCAGCUGCUGAGCUACAGGAAGAAAGCUGCUGAGUUCCCGGAGCUCUACACUUCUAGAGAGGACGCCAGGAGACGCCAGGCCAGCAGGAGCGACAGGAGCCUGAGCCAGAGGCCUCUGACAGAAGAGGAGGAAAAAGAACUGGAGCACCUGGCUGCCAUGGAACUGGAGCUGCAAAAAAUAGCCCAGAAGUUUAAGGACAAGAGGAGAGGCUGAAGCUGAUCUGCUUUGGUGUUUCAAAGCUAGGCGUAGCUGUGCUCAGUACCUGUCUUUUGUGGUGAGUUCUCUGCCACUGGAGUGCUGUUUGCCCUCAAAGCAGAAGCUGUUUCCUGCCCACUGCUGGCGUAACAAGCGCCGCAGCUGGAGGUGUCUUUUCAUUUCCUGCCGUGCUGUGGUGAGCUGAAGAGCAUGGGUUGCAGUGCUGCCAGCCUUCCCUGCCAGGCAGGCUUGUUUAACAUGCUUUGUGAAAACAGUCGUGUUUGUUUUGUGUUCUUCAGAAAUAUAAGUUGUCUGAGUUGGAAAUAAUAAACCCCCCUUGCUCGUGGAACAA